ACAUCGGACACUUUCUCCCAACUGUAUUUAUUGAAGGAAACGCUAUUUAAAUUAAUGAAUCUUUCCCUUUCGUAUCCCUCGCACGGAGCUUUGUUCCCGCUGCCUCGCGCGGUCGCCGGUUGUCUGUCUCGUGCGUCGUCGCGUUGUAUCCAUCGACACCGCUCACCAGCUAACACGGUUGUUUCGCGCCAGCUCCCGUCAUGACCAAACUCGCGGAGUGGCUGCUCGGCGCGUCGCUGCUGGGCGCAGCCUGGGCUGUGGUCUCCUUCGACCUGCUGGACCUGAGCCUGCCUCAGACCUACAGGGACGUCGCCUGGCCGAUGCCGCUGUACCUGCUGGUGUCGUUCGGCUGCUUCUCCCUGGCCACGGUGGGCUACAGGGUGGCCACCUUCAACGACUGUGACGAGGCGGCGCACGAGCUGAUGGAGCAGAUCAAAGAAGCCAAAGAGGACUUGAGGAAAAGAGGCCUGAAGAUGUAGAACUGUGGAGGACAGUGGAGGGACGUUUGAGAGACUAAAAGGGGAUGAACUGACGAGUUUUACACACGACCAAGCAACUGUACACAAACGCAUCUUAUUUAGGUUGUGUGAAAUGUGUUGGAUGCAACUACUACGCCGAAUUGGCACAUUUGUUGUUGUUGUCGUUUCCAGCAGACAUGAUCAGAACAUCCAUCAUAAUGAGUCGUCAUUCUUCCAGAUUAGAUAUUGAUCAAAUGUGCUUCAGGAAAUUAGAAAUUAACGGCCUGAUGCAUGUUCUCUGUGUUACUUAUAAGUGACGACACGGCAGUUUGCACCAUGAAGAUACAUGUUUAGUAUUCUGACCGUUGAAAGACCUCUUUUAUUAGGUGAAGGAUAUUUAACAUCACCAGUUUGAAUCGGUUUAGCAGGUGGAUUUACUGAUUAUCACACCCCAAACCAACGAAAACUCUAAACACACGGUGACGUCUUGUGCUUUGCACACAGUUAAAUACCCCCGAGAGUCACUAGUCAGCUAAAAUAUCAUCUGUAACAAGUUACCGAUCAAUAAAAUGCCAACAAAUGAAACCAGAAGGUCACAUUGGAACAAUAUCUCUAAAUACUCUGGGGAUUGUUGCUCCUCUGCAUGUACUAGAUUGGAUCCGUAAAGAAGUGUACAUGCCGUUGUCCGUUGACUUGUGCCCCGAGGCGAUUGCUGGAACUUAAUUAAAGUGGAGUCUAUUUUUCUG